UAAAGUCCUAAACACGAGGGAGAGAUUCCUCAAAGACGCUGCCACGGAGAGAGGGCAUUACUUUGCUUUUUUGCUUUUCAAAGGUCAGCAACCAACUCAUUCAUAACACACAUACCAGCACACAUCUAUGUACCAGCUCCGGCAGGUGCAUUGAGAAUUUUUAAAUGGUGUCUUUGUUAAUAUUUAGAACAAUGCUACAUGCGUUGUACAUUUACGUGCAUAUAUUACUAUAUAUAUAGUUGUAUACACACACUAUUUCGUCCAUAAUCACCUUUGGUUCUGUUUCAAUAUCGCUCUCGUGUCAACGAAGACAAAAAGAGCUUCAGAGGAAGCUUCGUCUCUCCUCCCCCUCCACCAUCUACUCUGUCCCUGACUUGCUCGCUUUCACUUUUUUGUCUGAUUCCAUCCUCACCCAUUUCACAAUAUAAGCUCUUUUGCAGCUAACACCAUCUCACUCUGUCACAGCUGCAUUUGAUUUGCUUGUUUCUAUUUUGUUCCCACUUAUUGUUUCUGUUUUGUGAUUGCUCUGCCAAAAGAAUUUCUCUCUUUUUUUUUUUAUUUCUCUUCUUUCGAUUGCUACUGUUUACUUGGUUUUUGUCAUUGAGGCAUUUGUUCGAACACUUGAGGGGUAUUUAGGUUGUACCGGAGAGGAAAGUUUCACGCUUCAUUGGGUUCAAUUUGAAAGAGAAUGUCUUCCUCUGUUUCAAUGGAAACCCGGAAAAGGAAAUCCCGAGAAGACGACGAUGAAGCUUCGAGCUUCUUCUCUUUGGACGAGCUUAACCAAGACCUGCUCGAGAGGGUUCUUUCAUGGCUUCCAACCUCCACCUUCUUCCGCCUCGGUUCAGUGUGCAAAAGAUGGAAAUCUGUCGCGGCUUCUGCGACUUUCCGGCUUGCCUGUGCUCAGAUUCCCUCUCGGGACCCCUGGUUCUUCAUGGUUGAUCUUGAUCCCCACCUCAAUCAAUCCAUUGUCUUUGACUCUGCUGAGAAAAAUUGGAAACAGCUCAACCACCCGCCUCUUCUCCUCCAAAGCUCUUGCCCCAAUUUCAUUCCCGUUGCAGCGUCGGGCGGGUUGAUCUGUUUCCGCAAUGUUGCAUCCAAUGAGUUCAUUGUUUCCAACCCCGUGACGGGUUCUUGUCGAAAGCUCCGUCCUUUCCCACAAAACCAUAAUUCACUUCAUGCCAUUGCUAUGAAUUCCACUUCCUCUUCCUCCUACAAGCUUGUCUUAGUCUCAGGUGAGCUUCCAAAACUCUCAUUCCAAGUGUACAAUUCAACAAUUGAUAAUUGGGAAGAAGAGACUAUCCUAAAUAGAAAGGCUGGUUACUCUCUGGAGCAUGACAGAGAGGAUGAUGAUACAGUGUAUUUUCUUAGCAAGGCAGGCAAUGUAGUAGCAACCAACAUGCAGAGAAGCCCGUCUAAGCAGUACUCAUCAGUCAUUACUUUGAAAAACAAUGAGGAGAUAGUUUAUUUCCUUAGCUCCUCCGGGACGAUUGUGGCUUGCAAUCUAACUCACAAGUGCUUCUUUGAGUACCCGAGGCUGUUGCCUGUAUUCUCCGAGUACUCCAUUGAUGUGGUUGAGUGUAGAGGAGAGAUGUUGGUGGUUGUGCUAUCGGAAUUCCUAGAAAGCGCGAGCCUCAGGGUGUGGAGAUUUGACGAGGACAAUCGGUCUUGGCAUCAAAUUGCAGCAAUGCCUCCGGCUAUGUCACACGCCUUUUAUGACAAGAAGGUGGAUAUAAACUGCACUGGAGCCGGUGACCAGAUAUUGGUCUGCGUAAACUCUGCCGAGCUUUGUAGCUAUGUUUUAUGUGAUCUGGUGCGCAAAGAAUGGGUUGAAUUGCCCGCUUGUUGCAUGAAUGGCAAAGCCAAGAAGUUCAUGUCUGCAUUCUCUUUUGAACCUAGGAUUGAGGCUUCUUUAUGAGAAAAAAACUGAAUGAACUGAUGGAUAUGUAUUGAGGUUGAGGAGUGCCUUCUAUUUUUUAUUUUUUGUUGUGAUUUCAAAUUUUACAUGUUUUCUUUUUAGGUGUUCUUUUAUAAUCAUUCUUCUUCAUAUUGUCCAAGAAACUAGCCUAUUGAAGUAGGCAUGAAAUCAAUGUCAAUGUGGGUAUUUUGCCAUGGAAAUGAGAGACUAUGCUUUGUUGCCUAAAUUGUCAA